UUUGUUCUCUUCACUACCUCCAAACUUCCCAAGAAUCUCUCUAUUCAUUUCUUCUCUCAUCUCUCUCACCUUUUAUUUUCUCUCCGCAAAGAGAAUCCUCCUCAAGAAAAUGUCUAAGAAAGCUAACUUUCUUCUGCCAUUGAAUCUUUCACUUGCUCCUUUCCUUCUUGUUCUUAUUUACCAUCUUCUGUCGUGUGUUGCUGUUCAUGGCGUCCAAGAGAAGAAGAUUCUCAGUCUGCACAACAACAUUUGGUCUCCCAGGAAAUCAAAUGAAGCUCCAAGUUCAUGUUUCUCUCACAAUCUUGGCAAAGGAAGAGAAUCAUCCACUACACUGGAGAUGAAACAUAGAGAAAUUUGCUCAGGAAAGACUAUAGAUUGGGGUAAGAAGCUGAGAAGAGCCUUGACUCUAGACAACCUCAGAGUCCAAUCACUUCAGCUAAAAAUCAAAGCCAUGAGCUCAAGCACCACAGAAUCCAUUUCAGAAGCUCAGACUCCACUAACCUCAGGGAUGAAGCUUCAGACUCUGAACUACAUUGUCACAGUUGAUUUAGGAGGGAGAAACAUGACUUUGAUCGUCGACACUGGAAGUGACUUGACAUGGGUCCAAUGCCAGCCUUGCAAGUCAUGUUACAACCAACAAGGUCCUUUGUAUGACCCAUCAGUCUCAUCUUCUUACAAGACAGUGUUCUGCAACUCAUCAACUUGUCAGGAUCUUGUAGAAGCUACAGGUAAUUCAGGCCUCUGUGGAGGUAACAAUGGUGUUGAUAAGACGACUUGUGACUACGUUGUCAACUAUGGGGAUGGAUCAUACACUCGUGGAGACUUGGGAAGUGAAAGUAUCCAACUCGGCGACACGAAAAUCGAAAGCUUUGUCUUUGGUUGUGGCCGGAGCAACAAAGGUUUGUUUGGUGGAGCUUCUGGUCUAAUGGGUUUGGGAAGAAGCUCAGUUUCUUUAGUCUCACAAACCAUGAAAAAUUUCAACGGUGUUUUCUCAUACUGUCUACCUUCUCUUGAAGGUGUAGCUUCUGGCUCACUAUCCUUCGGUGAUGAUUACAAGAACUCAACCUCAGUUUCAUACACUCCGUUAGUACAAAACCCUCAGCUUAGUUCCUUUUACGUUCUGAACCUCACCGGUGCUAGCAUCGGUGGCGUGGAGCUGGAAUCUUCAAGCUUUGGUAGAGGGAUUCUAAUCGACUCAGGAACGGUCAUCACGAGACUGCCGCCUUCCAUUUACAAAGCUGUGAAGACAGAGUUUCUGAAACAGUUCUCUGGGUUUCCUUCAGCUCCACGCUAUUCAAUCUUAGACACUUGUUUUAACCUCACAAGUUAUGAAGACGUCAGCAUACCAACUAUCAAAAUGAUCUUCCAAGGUAGCGCUGAGCUUGAAGUGGAUGUCACUGGUGUGUUCUACUUUGUCAAGCCUGAUGCAUCUCUAGUCUGCUUGGCCUUGGCAAGUCUUUCAUAUGAAAACGAAGUCGGUAUUAUUGGAAACUACCAACAGAAAAAUCAGAGAGUGAUAUAUGAUACCAAACAAGAGAAGCUCGGGAUAGCUGGAGAAAACUGCAGUUUCUGAUGACUACCCAAUGACUUGUAUAAUAAGCUUUGUGUGUUCCCCCCCUCAUAUCAUGAAAGCCAAUCAUCUCUUUUGGUAAAGUCUUUGAAACAAACAAUUAUAAAA